UGCUUCUCAUUUGGCCACACCAAGCUCCUCCUUCUCUUUCACAAAACAACUCUAUUACGACCAUACAUUUCAGAAUGACAGACGCCAAGCCAGUUGCACAGGACGUCGCCAUGGACGCCGAAGAAGUCAUUAUCACAGCGGACCAGCUCCCGGCCAGCACCACGUCAGCCGGCCCCACACAGCCUGCAGCCACCACCGACAAGCCUGAUUUUGCGCCGCUGUCGGCCAAGGAGGUGCGCAGCAAAAAGAAUGAGUUCCGGCGAAUCCGGGUGCCGCCGCACCGGUUUGCGCCGCUGAAGAACGACUGGCUGAAAAUCUACUCGCCCAUCGUCGAGUACCUGAAGCUGCAGGUGCGGAUGAACCCCAAGUCGCGCAUGAUUGAGAUCCGCACAUGCGCGGAGACCGAGGACCCUGGAGCGGUGCAGAAGGCAGCCGAUUUUGUGCGUGCCUUUGUCCUGGGCUUCUCAGCCGAGGACGCGCUGGCGCUGCUGCGUAUGGACGACCUGUACCUGGAGAGCUUCGAGAUCAAGGAUGUGAAGACACUGAACGGCGACCAUCUGUCGCGCGCUAUUGGUCGCAUUGCCGGAAAGGACGGCAAGACAAAGUUCACCAUUGAGAAUGCCACUAAGACGCGUAUCGUGCUGGCCGACUCCAAGAUCCAUGUGCUGGGCACUUUCCAGAAUAUCAAGGUUGCGCGGGACGCUGUCGUCAGCCUGAUUCUCGGUAGCCCGCCUGGCAAGGUCUACGCCAACCUGCGCACAAUCGCCUCGCGGAUGAAGGAGCGCUUCUAGAUGUCUUUUAUUUUGGUAGUGGAAAUUUGAGCACUUUACGCAGCCCCACGUGCUGGAACACCAGGUUCUGCACCAGACUGAAUGCCGCCGACACUGCCCAGUAAAGCACGAUCGCUACGGGCUGGCCAG